GGGACCGGAAAGAGGUAGGGCUCGGUUGGAGUCGCGGAGGUAGAGUAGAAGCGGGUUCUUCACUGGGUUUAUCGUUACGAAUUUCGCGUCGUCGUGGCAGAAGUGCGGGGCGUGGGAAUCGAGGGGUUUGAGUUGCGGGUGGGAGAGGGCGGAUUUGGUAUUCGAGCGAGCGGUUUGACGAGUGGGGUUUGAGAACCACGUUAAGGAGGGGGAGUGGGUGGAGGAGAAGGACGAGCGAGAGGGGACCUCUGCUUUUGUAGAGCUGCAGGUGGUUUGCUAUCUUUCUGAUAGAUUGGUGGGAUAGAUGUGAGAUGGUCUCGUGAUUGGAGAUUGGGUCGUGGAUCUUUGCCCGCUGCAGCAGCUAAUAAUUUGUUUUCCCCCUUGUCGGUCUAGAGAGCCAUGCAAGCACCCGCUGUACCCGCUGUGCAGCAGCAGCAGCAGCACUGCCCCAUUUCCGUUACCUCCUCCGGCUCUCGAUUCACGACACCUGCCGUUGUUCAGGCCUUCAGAUUGUCGUCGUCGUGCUUCUUCCACAGUUCAUCCUCGUCUCUCAGAAUUCUGAGAUCACGUGCGGAUCAACCAUUGCGGAGAGCUCUCUCGAUCCCACAUCACCGCAUCGAAGCCAUGGUGCAGGAGAAUUGCCGCAAGUUCUGCACAUGAAUGAUUUGAGGAAAUUGAAGUUUCGGCAGAGUGAGUGUGAUGCGAUUUCUUUGCUUGCCGUGGCAUAAACUGGCAUCGGAUACGUUAUCCACUAGAAUUGAGCAACUUCCAGAUUGCUGAGUCCUAAUUCAAAGGACAAUGUAGCGGAGAUGUGGUGUUGUGGAAACUUUGGUGCUUCUGGUCAGCAUGCCCCGAUUUCAGAAAGUGCAGCGUGGGCGGACCUGAAGCAACACGUGAAGACUAUUGAAGGUACCCACUUGCGGAACCUUAUGCAAGACAACAAUCGUUGUGAAGAACUUAUCAAGGAGUACGAUGGAAUUGUGGUUGACUUAUCCCGACAGCGUGUCAUUCAUGACACUGUGGACAAGCUCCUCAACCUGGCCGAGGAAGCUAAACUCAAAGAGAAAAUCGACCAAAUGUUCGAUGGCGUCCACAUUAACGAAACUGAGAAUCGAUCAGUCCUACAUGCAGCUCUCCGAGCUCCAAGAGACGAGGUCAUCAACUGCGAUGGUCAUAAUGUUGUCCCUGCAGUUUGGGACGUGCUGGAUAAAAUUGAUGCUUUCUCCGACCAGAUUCGCAGUGGCUCAUGGCUAGGUUCAACUGGCAAGCCUUUGACGGACGUUGUGGCUAUCGGGAUUGGUGGGAGUUUUCUAGGGCCUCUUUUCGUCCACACUGCUAUGCAAACAGAGCCGGGAUGUGCUCAGGCUGCGAAGGGACGCAGGCUUCGCUUUCUAGCAAACGUCGAUCCUAUUGACGUCGCACGUGCUCUUCUAGACCUCAAUCAAGAAACUACUUUAGUGGUUAUUGUCUCAAAGACUUUCACAACUGCUGAGACGAUGUUGAACGCUCGAACAGUAAGGACCUGGAUCACAUCAGCCCUAGGAGUUGAGGCCGUAUCUAAGCAUAUGGUGGCCGUCAGCACAAAUCUUAAGCUAGUGAAGGAGUUUGGCAUUGACCCGGCAAAUGCUUUUGGAUUCUGGGACUGGGUUGGUGGACGAUACAGUGUUUGCAGUGCCGUUGGCGUGCUACCACUAGCCUUGCAGUAUGGAUUCAGCCAUGUGAAGAAGUUUUUGCAAGGCGCAUGGAGUAUCGAUGAUCAUUUCCGCUCAGCUCCCUUGGAAUCAAAUCUUCCUGUUCUUCUGGGUUUGAUGAGUGUGUGGAACGUUUCCUUUUUGGGAUGCCCUGCACGUGCAAUCUUGCCGUACUGUCAAGCUUUGGCAAAGCUCGCCCCGCACAUUCAGCAAGUAAGCAUGGAGAGUAACGGCAAGGGAGUUAGCUUGGAUGGUGUACCCCUGCCCUUUGGAACUGGUGAGAUUGAUUUUGGUGAGCCCGGUACAAAUGGUCAGCACAGCUUCUACCAGCUCAUUCAUCAGGGUCGUGUGAUUCCUUGUGACUUCAUCGGAAUCAUUAAGAGUCAGCAAUCUGUUUACCUGAAAGGUGAGCAGGUUAGCAAUCACGAUGAACUCAUGUGCAACUUCUUUGCCCAAGCUGAUGCGCUUGCUUAUGGAAAGACAAGGGAAGAGCUGGUUGCGGAGAAAGUUCCGGAGGCUUUGAUCCCACACAAGAUGUUUUCUGGGAAUCGACAAUCGUUGAGCAUUCUACUUCCCAACCUUACCCCAUACACUGUCGGUCAGUUAUUGGCCCUGUAUGAGCAUAGAGUAGCAGUUCAAGGCUGGAUUUGGGGUAUCAACUCGUUCGAUCAAUGGGGUGUCGAACUUGGCAAGAGUCUUGCCGGAAAGGUGCGCACGCAAAUGAACGCCGCUAGGACAAAGACCCAACCUUUGUCCGGAUUCAACUACAGUACUACCACACUUCUGACUCGCUAUCUUCAGGGGAAGACACAGCUUUUGUAUCCAGACCCCCAUGAUGUUUUUCCUUCCAACGUUCUUCCUGGAUUUGAGAAGUAAUCUGAUGAGUCCUGGCUUGACUGGAUAAUCGGUUUGCUCGACCUGACAUGCCAAACAUAAGCUUCUGGUGUUAAUAAGUGAGAAUUGCUUGCCUUGCCGUUGAACUGUGCUAGCAAAUCCAGGGCAUGUUGUUGUCAAGUCAUCCCUUCGAAGUCACAGAUCAGUUGUCAAAAUCCGGACAAUCAAUUUUGUCAUUGAUGUAAAUUUAUACAAGUGCCACGAAGCAUUCCUUACGAGGGAUCAAAUGAAGACCACUGUUCUUCUGUGGACUCAAUGCUCCCUCAUGUGUGUAAUGUGGUCUCAAUUCUACGUCAUUUGCCGUAUAACCCAGUUGGCAAGCCAAGUUGGAUUCUGCAAAAUAUAGAUAGGUCAUUUGAAAGCUCACCAGCGUGCACUUCAGUUAUAAACGUACGAUGAUAGGCCGGGGGGCUCAUGCGGAAUAAAGGUGAAGCUGAAGGUGAUUGAGAGCUGAUGAAAGUCUACGGCAAGGAUAGACCCAGUUCUUUAACAAUACCCAGCGAACAAGUGGAGCAAUGCAGACGGGCUAAUUCCAAUAUGAUCACAUCUGUCCUCAGCAAAUAUUGAGUGAGCUGCGUCCGCUGCGAUCACCUUCACUUUGUUUCUUACAGCGAUUAUUAGUCUCAUGAAGUCGUCAGUCAUGUAUCUUGACUUGAGGCAAAGAUUUUUCCUCUGGAUUCAUGACAUUGUCCCAUGGCUAAGGACUUUACGCAAUGAGAAAUUUUGUCAAUUCAACUUC